CUAAAAUCCAGAUCCUGGCAGUGAAGUAAAUGGCUCAACUUCCCCCUGGAGUUCGCUUCAUCGUUUUAUUUACAAGAGAUCAGUGGUGCAGGGCCUUCAUUUUUGUUCUUACCUUUUUGUUAUAUGCUAGUUUCCACUUGUCAAGGAAACCUAUUAGUAUAGUUAAGGGAGAACUACAUAAGCACUGUGCUCCUCCAAGUGAAGUUGAACUCAACUCCUACAAAGAAUAUGCCAUCCAGAUUCAGCCUGUUAAAAAGUUAUCUAAUGAGUCUCAGUGUGGUUGGGAGCCAUUUGACAAGAACAAUUACAAACAAUUACUGGGAGCCCUGGAUUACUCAUUUCUGUGUGCUUAUGCAGUUGGAAUGUAUUUGAGUGGUAUAAUAGGAGAGCGUCUGCCUAUCCGGUAUUAUCUAACAGCUGGAAUGCUUGCCAGUGGACUCUUCACUGCAAUGUUUGGGUUGGGCUAUUUCUAUAAUAUACAUAACCUGUGGUUCUACAUGAUAGCUCAGAGAACGUAUAAGAGCGAAGCUAGUAAACAAAAGGCAGCAAAAGAUGCCGAGAAGGAACUUGAGAAAAUUCCAAAGUUGUCAACGUAUUUUGCACUGCAAUCCAACGUACAGGUACAGGCACAUGAAACGGACAGCACUAGCAGCGACGAAUCGUAUCCAGAAGUGCGUCAAGCUUUUCUGAAAGAAAGAGAUUUCUGGAGAAAUGUUGUCAAACGCAUGGUUGAUGUCGUUAUUUUCUUGUCCGAAAGAAACUUGGCAUUUCGAGGAAGUAAUGAAAAGCUCGGCGAUCCUUCGAAUGGCAACUUUUUGGGACUGUUUGAAUUGCUUGCAAAGUAUGAUGCUGUCCUCAGCGAACUUUUACAGAGGAUUAAGAAGGCAGAGACACAUGUUCAGUACCUCAGUCCACAGAUCCAAAACGAGCUGAUUCAACUUGUUGCCAGUAACAUUCAAGAGGCCAACAUAGGGCAGCUUAAAAAAGCAAAAUAUUAUUCAGUUAUUUUGGACUGUACUCCCGACGUGUCACAUGAAGAACAGAUGUCUGUGGUGUUACGCUUUGUUGAAUUCAACGGUGAAGAUGGGGUCAAUAUUCGUGAAGCGUUUGUUGGUUUUCUUAAUGUUCAUGAUACAACUGGCGAGGGCUUAUUGGAAGCGUUUCUUGAAAAGGCAAACAACUUAGGAAUAGACAUUGCUGACAUGAGAGGCCAAGCUUAUGAUAACGGCAGCUCAAAGUCCUACAUGAAUGGUACAAAUAAAUUCAGAGUCCAUAAGCCAACCUUAAAUCUUAAAGAAACCAACAAUCUUCGGGAUCCAGCGAUGCAGUGUUUGCUUCCUGAAAGAGAGAACUUCACAGUGCCACUGAACCAUAACGUGGCAGUCAAUGGGGAAGGUGGAACUAGAAUGUCAGCUAUAAGCUUCAUAGGUGCUUUGCGAAUACCUGGAGUCAUAGAAUUCUCUCUCUGUUUGUUGUUUGCUAAACUAGUCAGUUACACUUUCCUUUUCUGGCUUCCACUCUAUAUCACAAACGUAGAGCAUCUUGAUGCGAAAAGAGCUGGGGAUCUUUCUACAUUGUUCGAUGUGGGUGGAAUCUUUGGUGGCAUUUUGGCAGGCAUGAUAUCAGAUAGAUUGGAAAAAAGGGCUUCAACCUGUGGAAUGAUGUUACUACUAGCAGCACCUGCCCUAUACAUGUUCUCUGCAAUCAGUAAAAUGGGCCUAGAAGCUACCAUAGUUAUGCUGCUUAUCAGUGGAGCCCUGGUGAACGGUCCUUAUGCACUGAUCACAACUGCAGUCUCAGCCGACUUGGGUACCCAUAAAAGUCUGAAAGGAAAUGCAAGAGCCCUGUCCACAGUUACGGCUAUCAUCGAUGGAACAGGUUCUGUAGGUGCUGCUCUAGGGCCUCUGUUAGCUGGUCUCAUCUCUCCCUCUGGUUGGAACAAUGUAUUUUACAUGCUAAUGGUGGCAGAUGCAUGUGCCUUAUUAUUCUUACUCCGUCUUAUACGAAAAGAACUCCAGUGUAAGAUGGACCAGACCUUGUAUAUGCAGGAGGCAACGUUCUUUUCCAAUUCUGGCAAUGUUGAUGAUGAUUUCCCAACAUUAAGUGAUGAUUACGGUUUUGGAUACACCAGAAGACAGGCCUCUUGCUGCAUACAAAUGAAUGAAUUUGAUGAUGUGAAGUAG